AUGAUUGUGGGAAUCUUUGACGGCAUCAUCAAGAAGUUCAACGAUAAGUUUCCCAGACAAGCGGUGAAGAAGUUCGACAAGAUCUCCGCAGUGAAUGGAAAAGCAGGAACUUCCAAUGAAAUGCGCAGGAUGAUGGUCUCUGCCAUUGCAGAUGAAACCUUAGAGCUCUUGCAGCUGACCCUGCGGCGGCCCACGGAACAUGAGAUUCGCCUGGAACGUCCCGGGGCACUGGGCUUACAAGUGAACUACACCGAUCUGUUGGGCGGGGUUCUGAUCAGCAAAGUGGUCUCAGAUGGCCUGGUGGAUCGCUGGAACCAACAGCAGAAGGCCGCGGGCGCCGCGGGAAGCAGUCGCAUCAAAGUAGGCGACCGCAUCAUUGCGCUGAAUGGAGAUGAGCUGAAAGGAGAUGAUCUCCUGGAAAGGUUGAAGACCUUUGGCCAGGUUUUCUUGGGCGGCUUGUGCCCUGUGUUGUUGGUUGGGGCGUGGCUUAUUUUGGCCAACAUCCAGUCGUCAGUGACGGAUUCCUCUGCAGUGUCGUGGAACUCACAGGUCACUGAGGAAGAAACUCGCCGCAAGGAAAAGAAGGAGCGUAAAAGCCGAAAGCACAGGCACCAUUCGGCUGAUGCGCAUGCUGAUCGUUCAGCAAAGAAAGAUGAUGGGGCGUUGCCAAAGCCCUACAACUGGGCGGAGGAGGUGGUGAAAGCUUCCCUGGAUCCGCAGAACCAGUGGGAGUUCCCAGCUCCAUCCGGGAAGGCUGGCUAUGUUGGAUCGCUCGCAGCGUGGGAGCAGCCGCGUGCGCGGGGGACGGAAGUCGCGUCCCGCGCGCGUGAGCGCGCCGAGGAGGUACAGCGUUGGGAGCGACACCACGAUUCUCAGCAGCAGUACAUCUUCGGGACCCCGCGCUGA